CAGAGCCUGAAUUGGAAAUGGUCACCGAAUGCAGCCUGCAGUUGCUGGGGUUUUGAGUUCUCUCUCACACCAGCAAGCCAGCCAGCAGAUGGGGAGAACUGGUGAGGGGCGUUUAGGGGACUUGAGCGGAGGAGCCAAAGAUCGUCUGGAUGAAUUGUCCGCUUUAGUGUCCCCCAGGGAGCCCUGGACAGAGCACAGAGGGCAAGCACGGGCCCAGGGACGGCAGGAACUGUAGGAGUGAGAUGGGUAAUGCAGCUCUCUGCCCGUCUUGUCAUGCGGAUAAGAGCGUAAGAGUACACGGACACAUGCAGGAGUUGGACAGAACCCCAGACUACUAUGGCUGUAACAGCGAGGACACCCAAGAACUUGGGGUGUGGUCUGACAGCAAUGCAAGCUUCCUCCGUGCUGCCAGAGCAGGUAACCUGGACAAAGUAGUGGAAUAUCUGAAGGGGGGCAUAGACAUCAAUACCUGCAAUCAGAAUGGACUCAACGCUCUCCAUUUGGCUGCCAAGGAGGGCCAUGUGGGCCUGGUUCAGGAGCUGCUGGGAAGAGGGUCCUCUGUGGAUUCUGCCACUAAGAAGGGGAACACUGCUCUUCACAUUGCAUCUUUGGCUGGACAAGCAGAAGUUGUCAAAGUUCUUGUUAAGGAAGGAGCCAAUAUUAAUGCACAGUCUCAGAAUGGCUUCACUCCUUUAUACAUGGCUGCCCAAGAGAACCACAUUGAUGUUGUAAAAUAUUUGCUUGAAAAUGGAGCUAAUCAGAGCACUGCUACUGAGGAUGGCUUUACGCCACUAGCUGUGGCACUCCAGCAAGGACACAACCAGGCAGUGGCCAUCCUCUUGGAGAAUGACACCAAAGGGAAAGUGAGGCUGCCGGCUCUGCAUAUCGCAGCGAGGAAAGACGACACCAAAUCUGCCGCACUCCUGCUUCAGAACGAUCACAACGCUGACGUACAAUCCAAGAGUGGUUUUACCCCUUUGCACAUUGCCGCCCACUAUGGAAAUGUCAACGUGGCAACUCUUCUUCUAAACCGGGGAGCUGCUGUGGACUUCACAGCGAGGAAUGGAAUCACCCCUCUGCAUGUGGCUUCCAAAAGGGGAAACACAAAUAUGGUGAAGCUCUUACUGGAUCGUGGUGGUCAGAUCGAUGCCAAAACUAGGGAUGGGUUGACACCCCUUCACUGUGCUGCAAGAAGUGGACAUGACCAAGUGGUAGAACUUCUGUUGGAACGGGGUGCUCCCUUGCUGGCAAGGACUAAGAACGGGCUGUCUCCACUUCACAUGGCUGCACAGGGGGACCAUGUGGAAUGUGUGAAGCACCUGUUACAGCACAAGGCGCCUGUUGACGAUGUCACCCUAGACUACCUGACGGCCCUCCACGUUGCUGCACACUGUGGCCACUACCGUGUCACCAAACUCCUUCUGGACAAAAGAGCCAAUCCAAACGCCAGAGCUCUGAAUGGUUUUACUCCACUGCACAUUGCCUGCAAGAAAAACCGCAUCAAAGUCAUGGAACUGCUGGUGAAAUAUGGGGCUUCAAUCCAAGCUAUCACAGAGUCUGGCCUCACACCAAUACAUGUGGCUGCCUUCAUGGGCCACUUGAACAUUGUCCUCCUUCUGCUGCAGAACGGAGCCUCUCCAGAUGUCACUAACAUUCGUGGGGAGACUGCAUUGCACAUGGCAGCCCGGGCAGGGCAGGUGGAAGUGGUCCGAUGCCUCCUGAGAAAUGGUGCCCUUGUCGAUGCCAGAGCCAGGGAGGAACAGACGCCUUUGCACAUUGCCUCUCGCCUUGGUAAGACAGAAAUUGUCCAGCUGCUUCUACAACAUAUGGCUCAUCCAGAUGCAGCCACAACAAAUGGGUACACGCCCCUGCACAUCUCUGCCAGGGAAGGCCAGGUAGAUGUGGCAUCAGUCCUCUUGGAAGCAGGAGCAGCCCACUCUUUAGCUACCAAGAAAGGUUUCACUCCCCUGCAUGUAGCAGCCAAGUAUGGAAGCCUGGAUGUGGCAAAACUCCUCUUGCAACGCCGUGCUGCCGCAGAUUCUGCAGGGAAGAAUGGCCUUACCCCACUCCAUGUUGCUGCUCAUUAUGACAACCAGAAGGUGGCACUGCUGUUACUGGAGAAGGGUGCUUCCCCUCAUGCCACUGCCAAGAAUGGCUAUACUCCUUUACAUAUUGCUGCCAAGAAGAAUCAAAUGCAGAUCGCUUCCACACUCCUGAACUAUGGAGCAGAGACUAACAUUGUAACAAAGCAAGGAGUAACCCCACUCCAUCUGGCCUCACAGGAGGGGCACACGGAUAUGGUCACCUUGCUUCUGGAUAAGGGAGCCAAUAUUCACAUGUCAACCAAGAGUGGACUCACAUCUUUACACCUUGCAGCCCAGGAAGAUAAAGUGAAUGUUGCUGACAUUCUUACUAAGCAUGGGGCUGACCAGGAUGCUCACACAAAGCUUGGUUACACUCCUUUAAUUGUGGCCUGUCACUAUGGAAAUGUGAAAAUGGUCAACUUUCUUCUGAAGCAGGGUGCGAAUGUCAACGCAAAAACCAAGAACGGCUACACGCCUUUGCACCAGGCCGCCCAGCAGGGCCACACGCACAUCAUCAACGUCCUGCUGCAGCACGGGGCCAAGCCCAACGCCACGACCGCGAAUGGCAACACUGCCUUGGCGAUUGCUAAGCGUCUGGGCUACAUCUCCGUGGUCGACACCCUGAAGGUUGUAACGGAGGAGGUCACCACCACCACCACGACUAUUACGGAAAAACACAAGCUAAAUGUUCCUGAGACGAUGACUGAGGUUCUUGAUGUUUCUGAUGAAGAGGGUGAUGACACAAUGACAGGUGAUGGAGGAGAAUACCUAAGGCCCGAGGAUCUGAAAGAGCUGGGUGAUGACUCUCUACCCAGCAGCCAGUUCCUGGAUGGUAUGAAUUACCUGCGAUACAGCUUGGAGGGAGCCCGCUCAGACAGCCUUCGAUCCUUCAGUUCCGACAGGUCUCACACCCUGAGCCAUGCCUCUUACCUGAGGGACAGUGCCAUGAUUGACGACACGGUUGUCAUCCCCAGUCACCAGGUGUCAACUCUAGCCAAGGAAGCAGAAAGGAAUUCUUAUCGUCUCAGCUGGGGCACUGAGAACUUAGACAACGUGGCUCUUUCUUCCAGCCCUAUUCAUUCAGGUUUCCUGGUUAGUUUUAUGGUGGAUGCCCGAGGUGGUGCGAUGAGAGGGUGCAGACACAAUGGGCUCCGUAUCAUUAUUCCACCUCGGAAAUGUACUGCCCCAACUCGAGUCACCUGCCGUCUUGUCAAACGUCAUAGACUGGCGACAAUGCCUCCAAUGGUGGAAGGAGAAGGCCUGGCCAGUCGUCUGAUCGAAGUCGGACCUUCUGGUGCUCAGUUCCUUGGUAAACUUCACCUGCCAACGGCCCCUCCCCCACUUAAUGAGGGAGAAAGUUUGGUCAGCCGCAUCCUUCAGCUGGGGCCUCCUGGAACCAAAUUCCUUGGGCCUGUGAUUGUGGAGAUUCCUCAUUUUGCUGCCCUUCGAGGAAAGGAGAGGGAACUGGUGGUCCUGCGCAGUGAGAAUGGGGACAGCUGGAAAGAGCAUUACUGCGAAUACACCGAAGACGAAUUGAAUGAAAUCCUUAAUGGCAUGGAUGAAGUGCUGGAUAGUCCGGAAGACCUAGAAAAGAAACGGAUCUGUCGCAUCAUCACCCGCGACUUCCCGCAGUACUUUGCAGUGGUGUCUCGGAUCAAACAGGACAGCAACCUGAUUGGCCCCGAGGGGGGCGUGCUGAGCAGCACAGUGGUGCCCCAGGUGCAGGCCGUCUUCCCAGAGGGGGCGCUAACCAAGAGGAUCCGUGUAGGCCUACAGGCUCAACCUAUGCACAGUGAGCUGGUUAAGAAGAUUCUAGGCAACAAAGCUACCUUCAGCCCUAUAGUCACUUUGGAACCUAGAAGAAGAAAAUUCCACAAGCCAAUUACCAUGACCAUUCCUGUCCCCAAAGCUUCAAGUGAUGUCAUGUUGAAUGGUUUUGGGGGAGAUGCACCAACCUUAAGAUUACUAUGCAGCAUAACAGGUGGAACCACCCCUGCACAAUGGGAAGAUAUUACAGGAACUACGCCAUUAACAUUUGUCAAUGAAUGUGUUUCCUUUACAACCAAUGUGUCUGCCAGGUUCUGGCUGAUAGAUUGUCGGCAAAUCCAGGAAUCUGUUACCUUUGCAUCACAAGUGUAUAGAGAAAUUAUCUGUGUACCAUAUAUGGCCAAAUUUGUUGUGUUUGCCAAGUCACAUGACCCCAUUGAAGCCAGGUUGAGAUGUUUCUGCAUGACUGAUGAUAAGGUGGAUAAGACCCUUGAACAACAAGAAAAUUUUGCUGAGGUGGCCAGAAGCAGGGAUGUAGAGGUACUAGAAGGAAAACCAAUCUAUGUUGAUUGUUUUGGCAACCUGGUGCCAUUAACCAAGAGUGGCCAACAUCAUAUAUUCAGUUUUUUUGCCUUUAAAGAAAACCGACUUCCUCUCUUUGUCAAGGUACGUGAUACGACUCAGGAACCUUGCGGGCGACUAUCAUUUAUGAAAGAGCCCAAAUCCACAAGAGGCCUGGUGCAUCAAGCUAUUUGCAACUUAAACAUCACCCUGCCAAUUUAUACAAAGGAAUCAGAGUCAGAUCAAGAACAGGAGGAAGAGAUCGAUAUGACAUCAGAAAAAAAUGAUGAGACAGAAUCUACAGAAACAUCUGUCCUGAAAAGUCAUCUGGUUAAUGAAGUUCCUGUCCUAGCCAGUCCGGACUUGCUCUCUGAAGUUUCUGAGAUGAAACAAGAUUUGAUCAAAAUGACCGCCAUCUUGACCACAGAUGUGUCUGAUAGGGCAGGUUCUAUCAAAGUGAAGGAGCUGGUGAAGGCUGCUGAGGAAGAGCCAGGAGAGCCUUUUGAAAUUGUUGAAAGAGUUAAAGAGGACUUAGAGAAAGUGAAUGAAAUCCUGAGAAGUGGAACCUGCACGAGAGAUGAAGGCAGUGUGCCGAGGUCUCAGUCGGAGAGAGAAUUAGUGGAAGAGGAAUGGGUAAUUGUCAGUGAUAAGGAAAUAGAGGAGGCUAAGCUAAAGGCACCCUUAGAAAUCACCGAAUACCCGUGUGUAGAAGUUAGGAUAGAUAAAGAGGGUGACGUAAAAGUAGAGAAAGACUCAACUGGGCUAGUGAACUACCUUACUGAGGAUCUAAAGUCGUAUGUGUCUCCUCAUGAAAAGAAACAGCAGACAGCUCAAGAGAUAGCAGGGGAGAAAUGUGAGGCCCUGGCUGUGGGCAGGGGCUCUGAAAAUGAAGGGAAAGACACACCCUCCGGUGAGACACAGAGUGCACAGAAACAACACAAACCAAGCCUGGGCAUAAAGAAGCCAGUGAGAAGGAAAUUAAAAGAAAAACAGAAACAAAAAGAGGAAAGCGUACAAGGUAGUACAGAAAAAAGUGAACUUAAAAAAUGUAGUUCCGAAGAGUCAUUAGAUGAAGACACCGGUUUAGCCCCUGAGCCUCUUCCCACCGUAAAGGCCACUUCACCUUUGAUAGAAGAGACUCCCAUUGGUUCCAUAAAGGACAAAGUAAAGGCCCUUCAGAAACGAGUGGAAGAUGAACAAAAAGGUCGAAGCAAGUUGCCUGUCCGCGUCAAAGGCAAAGAGGAUGUGCCAAAAAAGAUAACCCACAGGACACAUCCAGCUGUAUCACCCUCUCCGAAGUCAGAGAGGCAUGGACCAGCAUCACCCUCUUCUAAAACAGAAAGACACUCUUCUCUUUCUGCCUCUACAAAAACUGAAAGGCAUCCUCCAAUAUCACCAUCAAGUAAAACUGAGAAACACUCCCCUGUGUCUCCCUCUGCAAAAACUGAAAGGCACUCACCUGUGUCAUCAUCAAGUAAAACUGAGAAACACUCACCUGUGUCACCCUCGACAAAAACUGAAAGACACUCCCCUGUGUCAUCUACAAAAACAGAGAGACACCCACCUGUUUCACCUUCAGGUAAAAUGGACAAACGCCCACCUGUAUCGCCUUCUGGGAGAACAGAGAAACAUGCCCCAGUAUCACCCGGGAGAACAGAAAAACGCUUGCCUGUAUCACCAGCUGGAAGAAUGGAAAAGCAUCCACCUGUAUCAACCUCUGGGAAAACUGAGAAACACUUGCCUGUGUCGCCUUCUGGGAAAACAGAAAAGCAACCACCUGUAUCCCCCACCUCAAAAACAGAAAGAAUCGAGGAGACCAUGUCUGUUCGGGAGUUGAUGAAGGCUUUCCAGUCAGGUCAGGACCCAUCUAAACAUAAGACUGGACUCUUUGAGCACAAAUCCGCAAAACAAAAGCAGCCACAAGAAAAAGGCAAAGUUCGGGUAGAAAAAGAAAAGGGGCAGAUGCCAACCCAGAGAGAAACACAGAAAACAGAGAGUCACACAGUCAAACGAGGUCAGAGAUUUGUGGUAACGGGAGUUACCGAAUCCAAAAGAGUGGUCCGUGCUUCCUCCAUAGGGCUUAAGAGAGAAGAGGUAGCUGUAGAGAAGGAGAAACUUCUUGGCCACAAAACACCUGAACCUGUUCAGUCAGCACCAGAAGAAGAAAGCCAUAAAGAGAGCAAAGUCCCCAAAGAAAAGCUGGCUGAUGAACAGGGAGACCUGGAUCUCCAGAUCAGCCCAGACAGGAAGACCUCCACUGACUUUUCUGAUGUCAUUAAGCAAGAAUUGGAAGACAAUGACAAAUACCAACAGUUCCGAAUGAGUGAGGAGACUGAAGAAGUACAGCUUCACCUAGACCAAGUGCUCACUAGUCCUUUCAAUACAACAUUUCCACUAGAUUACAUGAAAGAUGAAUUUCUUCCAGCUCUGUCUUUACAAAGUGGUGCUUUGGAUGGCAGUUCUGAGAGCCUAAAGCCUGAAGGGGUGGCAGGUUCUCCAUGUGGCAGCCUGAUGGAAGGGACCCCUCAGAUUAGUUCAGAAGAAAGCUACAAGCACGAGGGCCUAGCAGAGACCCCUGAGACAAGCCCAGAAAGCCUUUCUUUCUCACCAAAGAAAAAUGAGGAGCAAAUUGGGGAAAUAAGCGAACCUACCAAGUUAGAAGCACCAACAGAAAUUCGUUCUGAAAAAGAACAUCCCUCAAUAAAAGACAUUACUGAUGGUUCUGAAGAGCAAGGUGCUCUAGUCACUGAAGGCACAGAGCCCUCAGCUGAGUGUUUGCUGAAGGAGACCACCCUAGAGCCUUCCAAAGACACACGCCCCAAACAAGAAGAUGAUUCCCUUGGCAGCUGUAGUGUGUUAGCAAAAGAAACACCCAAAGAAUUGCCUGAGGAAGCAUCCUCUGAUGAGGGUCAACUUACAUAUGGUGGUUCAGCCCACAAGACACAAACUGAUACUGAAGCUCAGAAAUCCACAACCACCGAGCCCUCAGAUGAGACCAAGUCCUCUCCACUGCCUGAUGCUUCUGUAAAGACAGGCACAGGGGCUGAAUCAAAGCCCCAGGGAGUAGCUAGAAGUCCCCAAGGGUUAGAACUUGCACUCCCUAGCCGAGGUAGUGAGGUCCUCAGCCCUGGUGCUGAUGAAUCAUUUGCAGUGAGCCACAGAGACUCCCUGGAAGCCAGCCCUGUGCUAGAGGAUAACUCCUCACACAAAACUCCAGAUUCUCUGGAGCCAAGUCCUCUGAAAGAAUCCCCUUGCCGUGACUCUCUUGAAAGCAGUCCUGUGGAACCAAAGAUGAAGGCUGGAGUUCUCCCAAGUCACUUUCCUCUUCCUGCAGCCGUAGCCAAAACAGAAAUCUUCACGGAAGUGGCCUCGAUGCGGUCCCGGCUGCUCCGAGACCCAGACGGCAGUGCUGAAGACGACAGUCUUGAGCAGACAUCACUGGUAGAGAGCUCAGGGAAGAGCCCCCUUUCUCCUGACACCCCCAGCUCUGAAGAAAUUAGCUAUGAGGUUACACCCAAAGCCACAGAUACAAGCACACCCAAACCAGCUGUAAUUCAUGAAUGUGCAGAGGAGGAUGACUUGGAAAAUGGGGAGAAAAAGAGAUUCACACCUGAAGAGGAAAUGUUUAAAAUGGUAACCAAAGUCAAAACAUUUGAUGAACUUGAACAAGAAGCAAAGCAGAAAAGGGACUACAGAAAAGAACCCAAGCAAGAAGAAUCUUCUUCAUCCUCUGACCCAGAUGCUGACUGUUUAGCAGGUGUGGAUGAACCAAAACAUAUGGAGAGUGUAGAGGAUGAAAGCAAUGUCCCUGUGGUAGUAACAUCAGAGAGCAGAAAGGCCUCUUCCUCCUCAGAAAGUGAACCUGAAUUGGCACAGCUGAAACAAGGUGCUGACUCAGGCCUCAUACCAGAGCCAGUUAUUCGAGUGCAGCCUCCUUCCCCACUUCCAUCCAGCAUAGACUCCAAUUCUAGUCCUGAAGAAGUACAGUUUCAACCUAUUGUUUCCAAACAAUAUACUUUCAAGAUGAAUGAAGAUACUCAGGAAGAAUCAGGUAAAUCAGAGGAAGAAAAAGAUCAUGAACCCCACAUACCUGAAGACAGUCAUACCAUUUCUUCCAGUGGCCCAGAUACAUCUUAUGAUCUGAACAGAUGUGCUGAUCAACCAGAAGUCUGUGAUGGCCGUGGGUGUGAGGCUGGGAGUCCUAGCGGCUCAGUAACUCCUGUAUCUUCAGGUCUCCGCAGCCCCACUGGAGGAGAAAUCAAUGAGCAGCUAGUUAUCCAUAAAGAAUCAUUACCUCUCCAAGACACUGAUGACAAAAACACAGAAGGAGAAGAGCUUAAUGUUUCUAGAGUGGAAUCUCUACAAGUAGAUUACCCCAGUGAAAGCUCUUCAUCUUUGUCCUCUUUUCCUCAUUGUCCAGCAUCUGAAGGAAAAGAAUUAGAUGAAGACAUCGCCUCUCCAUCUUCUUCAAAAAUGGAAGACACCAAAACUGACCAAGAAUUUGAGAACUCACCAAAGGACUAUUCCACUCAAGACUCGUCGAUUACUACUCAAACCGAUAAAUUGUCCAUGGAUGUUCCUGUGUCUGACCCAGCUGAGACUGAUGAAAUCUACGAUCCUCAAAUAAUAAGCCCUUAUGAAAAUGUUCCUUCCCAAUCUUUUUUCUCCAGUGAAGAAAGCAAAACCCAAACAGAUGCAGGACACACAAGUUUUCACUCUUCUGAAGUGUAUUCUGUUCCCAUCAAAUCCUCUGUCGAAGAUGUAGUGGUAACAAGCUCCUCCAGUGGAACUAUUUCAAGUGAAGAAUCUAAUUUUGAGAACCAAAAUAUGGAAAAAGAAUCCAAACAAGAAAGCACCUUGUGGGAACCGCAAUCAGAGAAAGGCCCCUCAUCUUUAGAGCCUUCUAUACCAAAUACAGCAGCAGUCGUUGGUGAACAAAUUAGCAAAGUCAUCAUCACAAAAACCGAUGUGGAUUCUGAUUCCUGGAGUGAAAUCCGUGAGGAUGAUGAAGCCUUUGAAGCUCGAGUGAAAGAGGAAGAGCAGAAGAUAUUUGGUUUGAUGGUAGACAGACAGUCACAGGGCACCACCCCUGACACCACUCCUGCAAGGACCCCAACUGAAGAGGGGACUCCAACCAGUGAGCAAAAUCCAUUUCUCUUUCAGGAAGGAAAAUUGUUUGAGAUGACCCGAAGUGGUGCCAUUGAUAUGACCAAAAGGUCCUAUGCAGAUGAAAGUUUUCACUUUUUCCAAAUUGGGCAAGAAUCCAGGGAAGAGACUCUCUCUGAAGACAUGAAAGAAGGGAGUCCUGCGGCUGAGCCCCCACAACGGGAGACAUCAGCUGAGUCACUAGCUCUCUCGGAAUCAAAAGAAACAGUGAGUGAUGAAGCAGACUUACUUCCAGAUGACCUGAGUGAGGAAGUAGAGGAAAUACCUGCUUCAGAUGUUCAACUUAACUCCCACAUGGGGAAUUCAGCCUCCACUGAAAUAUCAACAGAAGAGGCUCCUUCUGCAGGAGCCAAGGACCUCCCCACCAUGCAUAUGGGGGAUAUGCCUCCUAAGUCCAGUGUGAAACGUACAUCUUGCCAUGACUCCCCUGAACCAGUCAUACAAGUUCAGUUAGAUUUUUCCACAGUUACUAGGUCUGUAUAUUCAGAUCGGGAUGAUGAUUCUCCUGAUUCUUCCCCAGAGGAACAGAAAUCAGUAAUUGAAAUCCCUACUGCACCCAUGGAGAAUGUGCCUUCUACUGAAAGCAAAUCCAAAAUUCCUGUAAGGACUAUACCCACGUCAGCCACAGAGCCUCCAUCUGUGGAGUAUGAGAAUUCCCUUUCUGAAGAUUUUUUACCCAGCCUGGAUGAGGAAAGUAAAGAGGAUGAAACGAAACCAAAGUCUAAAAUCCCCGUGAAAGCACCUGUCCAAAGAGUAGAGCAGCAGCUUUCGCAUCUAGAUUCAUGUCUCCAGAAAACAGUGGCUCCUCAGGGUCAGGACAUGACAAGCAGAGCACCAGAUAGUAGAAGCAAAUCUGAAUCUGAUGCCAGUCCUUUGGACUCAAAGACCAAAUGUCCAGUAAAAACUGAAAGUUACACUGAGGCAGAAACAGAAAGCAGAGAGAGGGCAGAGGAGCUUGAGUUAGAAUCAGAAGAGGGGGCCGCAAGACCAAAGAUAUUUACAUCCCGAUUGCCAGUUAAGAGCAAAAGCACCACAUCUUCCUGCAAGGGGGCCGUGAGCCCCACAAAAGAAAGUAAGGAGCAUUUCUUUGACCUUUAUAGGAACUCCAUAGAAUUCUUUGAGGAGAUUAGUGACGAGGCUUCAAAGUUAGUAGACAGACUUACCCAGUCAGAAAGGGAACAAGAAUUAGUGUCAGAUGAUGAAAGUAGUAGUGCCCUGGAAGUUUCAGUAAUUGAAAAUCUGCCACCUGUUGAGAACGAGCAUUCAAUUCCUGAGGACAUCUUUGACACAAGGCCCAUUUGGGAUGAGUCCAUUGAGACUCUGAUUGAACGCAUCCCUGAUGAAAAUGGCCAUGACCAUGCUGAAGAUCAACAGGAUGAGCAGGAACGGAUCGAGGAAAGGCUGGCUUAUAUUGCUGAUCACCUUGGCUUCAGCUGGACAGAAUUAGCAAGAGAACUGGAUUUCACUGAGGAGCAAAUUCAUCAAAUUCGAAUUGAGAAUCCUAACUCCCUCCAAGACCAGAGUCAUGCGCUAUUGAAGUACUGGCUGGAAAGGGAUGGGAAACAUGCUACAGAUACAAGUCUCAUUGAAUGUCUCACCAAGAUCAACCGAAUGGAUAUUGUUCAUCUCAUGGAGGCCAGCACAGAGCCUCUCCAGGAGCGCAUCAGUCAUAGCUAUGCAGAAAUUGAACAGACAAUUGCACUGGAUCAUAGUGAAGGGUUCUCAGUACUUCAAGAGGAGCUAUGCAGUGCCCAGCACAAGCAGAAAGAGGAGCAAGCUGCUUCUAAAGAAAACGAGUCCUGUGAUCACCCUCCCAUUGUCUCAGAGGAAGACAUUUCUGUCGGUUAUUCUACUUUUCAGGAUUGCAUCCCCAAAACUGAGGGGGACAGCUCAGCAACAGAGCUCUUUCCCCACACUCACAAGGAGCAAGUUCAACAGGAUUUCUCAGGGAAAAUGCAAGACCUGCCUGAAGAGUCAUCUCUUGAAUGUCAGCAGGAGUACUUUGUGACAACCCCAGGGACAGAAGUGUCGGAGACUCAAAAGCCUACGGCUAUAUCUGGCUCUCAAAGCAAGACACCUGAGGAAAUCAGUACACCUCCCGAGGAGGAGAGGCCACACUUCCAGACUCCAACAUCUAGUGAGCAGGGCGACUCUCCCAUUGUACAGGAACCGGAAGAGCCCCCAGAACAUAAGGAGGAGAGUUCUCAGAAAACUAGCCUUGUGAUAGUGGAGUCUGCUGAUGACCAGCCACAGGCCCUUGAAAGAUUCGAUGACGAUGCAGCUUUCCAUAAGGAGCUAACAGAGGAAUUAGGUGAGCUGGAGGCCAGCUCAGAUGAGGAGGCGAUGGUAACUACCAGGGUUGUCCGCCGACGAGUGAUUAUUCAGGGAGAUGAUAUGCCUGACAUACCCCCAGAAACAGUCACAGAAGAAGAAUACAUUGAUGAGCAUGGACACACUGUGGUAAAGAAGGUCACUAGGAAAAUCAUUAGGCGGUACGUAGCCUCUGAUGGCACAGAGAAAGAAGAGGUUACAAUGCAGGGAAUGGCACAGGGACCCAUCAGCAUUGAGGAAGGAGAUGGCUAUUCCAAAGUCAUGAAGCGCAUUGUAUUAAAGAGUGACACUGAACAGUCAGAGGUAACUUUGUCUGAGCCCAGCAUUUUGUCCAGUACCUCACAAUUUCAGGCUGAACCAGUGGAAGGCCGUAGAGUCAGCAAAGUUGUUAAAACAACUAUGGUACAUGGAGAAAGGAUGGAGAAACAUCUGGGUGAUUCUAGUUUAGCCACUGAUCUUCCUUCAGCCAAAGAUGACUUUGAAGAGGCUUUGAGCUAUACAGGUAGCCACAUGAAAGUGCACUUACCCAGUUUAGUAGAGAAUGAGAUUCUGAAAGAGGAUGGAUCAGUAAUUAAAAGGACGACAAUGAGUAAAGCCAGUACACAGAAGAGGGCUGUGGUGAAGGACCAGCAUGGAAAACACAUUUACUUGGAGCACCUGGAGGAUGUACCAGAAGCACUAGACCAAGAUGACCUCCAGCGCGACCUCCAGCAACUCCUUCGGCAUUUCUGCAAGGAGGACUCGAAGCAAGAGGCCAAAUGAGGGGCUGCCCUGUCCUCACACCAGAAACCACACAUCCACUCGAUAUGCAACUUCCCGUUUCACUAGCAGAGCGACCUAAUGGGAUACCCUGACACUUCCACUUUUAGCAAAAACACUGCAUUUUGUUUUAGUUUUUCCCCAUCCUCUUUAACUGUAAGCUAAUUUGUGACCAAAGAUAGCAUCCUUCAGUCUGGAUGCUGUAUCCACUACUUUGUUGUGUCUGUGCUAAACUGGAAACUGGCCACCUCCGUCGUUCUUUGCUUCUGCACAAGCUCCAUGAAAAUCCAUCGAUCAGAAGAACUUCACCUACAGACCUCUUCAAGUGUUGAUGUAUAGGAAUCCUUCCAAGGGAUAUCCUUGUACAAUGUAUAUAGCUAAAAUGCUCAGAUGAACAACAUAUUAAAAUUAAAACCACUGCCUAUCAUAACUACACUGGGCAUCAUGGAAAUAAAAGGCCUCUAGAAAUUGCUGAACAAUGGUUAAUUAAGAUAUUGCUAACACAAUCGAAUGAUAAUACAGUUCUGCAAAAGAAGCACUUCAGACCUACCAUGUCCUUAGACCUUCCAGAGUAGCCAUUGCUCCUAGUUAAAGAUGGGUUAAUGACCUCAAGGGACUAUCCUAACUAAGCACUUAUUGCUGGUGCUGGCCAGCCUUGAUUUAUGAUUCUCCAACAGCCACUCUGAGGGAGGGGAGAAGGGGAGCAGAAGGCAAAAGGAGUGAAACAAUGAGGUAUUCAGCUGCUAGCAGCUACAUCCUGUGGCGUUCUAGCAUCUUCAGGUCUUUUGGAUUUUGGACACAUUGGCAGGGUAUUUUAAAAGCUAUAACUACUGUACUUUUCCAGUUUUCAUUGCUGCUUUAGCAAACCACGCUGUCUUAUUGGUGGUACUUUCUUCUGGCCACUGCACUGUAGAUAAUUCAUUGGAAACAAGAUUUACCCACUACGCAAAAGGUUAAACUCCUUCACCAUGCUGGAGUGUUUUUUCCCCCCCCUCCAGGUUUAUAUCUUCUCUAAUACCUGCAUGUAGCAUUUAAAAAUCAAAACCACAGUCAAAACUUCUCUUCUAAUCACACUGAUGGUUUUCAUUCUUCUGACCCUGAGCAAGCACUUUUCACUUUUCAGCUAGGUCUGUUUUUUAGCUUGCAGACAAGGUUGAGAAAUCCUUACAAAUUGGGUUUUGGUUAAAAUUUUUGAUUUAUUUAUUUGAAAUCCAAACUCCCUUGGAAACUCUUAAGUGCAUUUGUGCACUUUUUUGUUUGUUUCAAAGAAGGAACUUUAAUCAUCUGAGUGAUUUCCAUGUCCUAAUUCCUUAUUCCUCUAGUGGUUGAAGCUGUGUAGCAUUUUAACAUAUAUAUAUAUUCACAAAUAUAUUCAUAUAAACAGUAUACAUUUUGAAUCAGUUAUUUGUUAAAGAAAAGUAUAUUCGAUGAAGAUGAAAUUAAAAAAAAAAAAAAGAGUCUAUCCUCCAGGGAUUGAACAUUUUCCAAUUCUAUCUGGUCUUUUCCUGUUGUGCAAAAAUGACUCAUUGCUCCGAAUGUCAAAAACAAAAGUGACAAACAAUGGCACUUCAUCAUUUCAAGUAGUGUUGCCAAGGGCGCAAAUUUCCUGGGAGGGAGAUUUCCCAUAAGCCAAAUCUCUUAAGCCUCAAAUGCUAGCACUUUUUGGCAGUUGGAUAGGAAAUAAAGCUUUUUUGGCAGCCAAAAUGAGAGAGGCUGAUGGUGAAACUUUUUGAGACACACCAUGGCCUUCUUGUCAGAACCUUCACUGGAGCUCAAGAAAAGCAUUUCUGUUGUGUUAUUUGCAGUGCAGAUGAUGUCUGUGUAACAACAUAAUGGUUAUUCACCUUUUUUUGGUUUUGAUUUUUGCUGUGUAAUCAAAAAACUUGAAUACUGUGAGAAGAAGUGAAUUUUCAGUUGAUGAAUCAGCAUCUUGUUCCCAUGGUGAUAACACUAAUUGAAUAUAUCUAUGAGGGCAUGUAUUAGUUAAUGGAAAAAAAAAAUACAACACUAACAAUACAUAGCUGCAAAUGUGUACAAUGGCUGAUUUAAUUAAAUAAAAUGUACAAGUGUUAAAUGUG